CUUUGCAGCAGCCAAACGACAGCACAAGUGGUCCUCGCGAUUGUGUGGUGCAUCACUGCACUGUUUGCGAAGGCGACAGCACUUUGCAUUCGUUGGUGCCACGCAAAACCACCAAUAAUGGAGACCCUGGCCAAAGCCGCAGCGAUCAUUGCCCUGCCGGCAGCCGCGUGGUACGUGCUAUUAGCACCGAGCAAACCCAAGAAGAAAGCGCACCGAGGGCGCAAAGCCAAUAAGAAGAAGUCGAAGGAGCCGGCCGCGGCCGCCGCGCCGGCGCCGCCGCCCGCACCCGCGCCAGCACCAGCGCCAGCACCUGCACCUGCAGCGGACCCACUUCCCGUACGCGUCCCGAAAGCGGCGCCGCCGCCGCGCCCCAAGCCGAAGCCGCGCCGGCCGCUCGCGACGACGUCAGCACCCGCCGCGUUCGCGGACGGCGACAAGGUCGAGGCGCGCUUCGGCGGCGGCGAGGACUACUUCCCGGCGACAAUCACGGGGUCAAAACCGCUCGGCGGCGGCAAGUACUCGUAUGCUCUCAAAUACGACGACGGCGCGACGGAGACGGGCGUCGCAGCGGCGUUCAUCCGGCGCGUCGGCGGCACCGCGGCACAAGCUGUGCCUGCAAAGCCAGUUGCCCCGGCCGCGCCGGCGCCGGAGCUCGACGGCCUCGUCGCCUACUCCAAGGGCGGCGCGCCGGCGCCCACCGAGCCGCGGACGUCGCACGCGGCGUCGCUGACGGCGAAGCCGCGGCCACGCGCCCCGACUGAUGAUGACGACGACGCGUUCGACCCGGUCCAGAGCGUCGACGACUGGAAGCGGGCGGCCCCGAAGCCGCGGCGGCCGGCCGUCGCAAGACCAGACAUCGCCGCGCGCAAAGCACAACAAGCGGAGAAGAAUGAGGCCUUGCGGCGCGCCGAGAUCAACCGCAAAAAAAAGGAGAAGGUGCCUCCGGCGUCCCAUGCGGUGCCUUCAAAAACUUGCGAUGCGCGACCCAUCACUCACCGAUCGUUCCCGCGCAGAAAAAGGCGAAGAAGCUCGAGGUCCGCGAGCACUUCCGCCAGACCCUGUAAAUAUACU